AUGAGCCUGCGCACUGCCCUGCCGUGCGCUCGAGCUACCAGCCCUCCGCUGCCCUUAUUGCUGCCUGUGCUGCGGCUCUACCGCACGCGCUGCUGCCUGCUGUGGCGCGCCGCCCUCCAGCGAACUGCCCUGCGCGCUGCCCUGCUGCCCCGCCCGAGCAUUGCUGCUUGUGUUACUGCUGCCCUACCCUACUACGCACCCGAGCCGUCCGCUGGCCGCUGCCUUAACUGCCACCCGCGCUUCAAUCUGGUCGCCCGCACUGCCGCUUGCGUUGCCUUGCACUGCCGCCUGCGCUGCUUUGCGCCUGCUGCCCUGAGGUGGCUGCAAAAUGCAAGCGCGGCAAUGGUGUCGCGUGCUAACCACUGUGUACUAGCUAUUCGGCCUCUUGCUACUGCCGUACCUCUCCCUACUAUCGCUGACCUCAUGACUCACCUGCGCUCCAGUGACCCUCGCUACUGUGCUGCUCUCACGCCAGCGUUCCUGGCUGAGAACCCCCCCCCUCCCUCCCCAAUGUACAUCACUCUCUACUUCCUAGUGACCCGUCUCCUUGACUCCCUUCGCCGCGUCCAAGACCACUUCCUCUCUCUCGACCCCACCGAGCUCACCCUAGCCUCAUUUGAGUCUAAGCCCUUGGAGGCUGAGACCAGUGACCACAAUGUAGCUGCCUCCCGUGGUACUCCACGCACCUCUUUCUUUAAGGGGUGUGCUCCUUCCCUCCUCGCGCCUUCUGUCAACUCUACUGCUACUGUUGACUUCCUCAGUGCUGAGGAGGCCGGUGCGGUGUCUGCUCCUAGCGGGAGGCGCAACAAGGGUGGACAUCAGAAGGGCAAGGGUGGUGGGCUUGGCGGUGGGGGUGGUGGUGGCGGGGGUGGUGGUGGUGGCGGUAGUGGGGGCGGUGGUGGUGCUGGUAGUGGGGGUGGUGGAGGUGGUGGUGGCGGGGGUGGUGGGGGUGGCGGGGGUGGUGGGGGUGGCAGGGGUGGUGGGAAAUUUGGGGUGGUGGAUGUUGCUCGGAUGGUAGUCGUAGUGGAGCUAGCGGGGGUAGCGGUCAGUGGGCUUCGUCUGGGUGCACACCUAGUGGAGGCGGAGGCUCUGGGGGUGGACAGCAGCAGCACUGGCGUCGGCAAGAGACCCUCUUGCCGCAGCAGCUGCGUGAGUGGGUGGUUCAGCGAGGUGGCCCCGGAGGAGAAGUUCGCUGCACCUAUGUCAGGUGCACGGGUCCCCGCGCAGGAGACGUCUGCGGCAUGUAGGGCGACAGUGAGGUUCGCUCCUUUUUCUGCCUUGAGGACGCUUUUCGCGAGGAGUUUGGUGAGAAGACAUACGUACCGAACUGGUUAG